AUGCGCCGUUCGACCAAUGACCGAGUAAAUGACAAGGCCGUGUCAGCCAUGAGACCGUCAACAGUUGCAGGCCUCUGGGCCAGCCUGAGCUGCUGCUUUGGCUCCGGCGUGCACGCUCGCUCACCCGCACCACGCUCACCCGUGUCAGACAAGAGCGUCAUCGAGGUUGACGUGGCCAUUGUCGGCGGAGGUGCCGCUGGCUGCCACGCCGCCGUUCGCCUCCGAGAAGACUUCAAGAAGAGCAUCCUGGUCAUCGAGAAGGCGGCGAGACUCGGCGGCCACGUACACGCGUAUCAACCACCGGGCGGGGGGCGCCCCGUCAACUAUGGCGUGCAGGCGUAUCUGAACCGGCCCACGACCAGGGCCUUCUUCAAGCGCUUCAACGUCGGGUUGGUCGAUCCGGACUUUGGCAGCUACAUCAACCUGCUGCUGCUGACCAAGAACGUGGACUUCAAGACGGGCAAGAUGGUGGACGUCAAGUACGGCCCUGUUGAUCCCGUUGGGGUCCCCAUCGGCCUGCUCCGGUACUUUGAGCUGGCCGUCAAGUAUCAGCCCUGGUUCGAAAACGGCUACUUUAUGCAGGGCGAAGUGCCGGAGGAUCUCCUCCUCCCCUUUGGCGAGUUUCUCAGAAAGCACCGUCUCGAGGAUGCCUUGGGAAUCCUGCGCAAUCUUCUGUGGCUGUCGGACGCUCUCCACACGCCCACCUGGACCGUCAUGGCUGUGGUGGGAGAGCCGCAGAUCAGAGCGUUCGGCCUCGGCCUGACGGGGCCUUCCUUCAAGUGGCCCGCGACGCACUCGUCCGAGACGCUCUUCGACCGCGUGCUGGACCUGAUUCGGGACGACGUCCUUCUCGAGAGCACCGUUGCGAGCAGCCAGCGCACUGACAACGGCGUCGUCCUGACUGUCAAGACGCCGUCGGGGCUCAAGACGGUCAAGGCGAAAAAGCUCCUCAUCGCAGCCACGCCGUCUCCCGACAACAUCGGCCCAUGGGACCUGAGUGAUCAAGAAAACGACGUCUUUUCCAAGUUCUCGUGGGAAACGCUGUUUGUCGGCGUCGUCAACAACACGGGGAUGCCUUCCCAGGUCACGUCCCUUCGCAACACCCCGAACGCACCGAGCGAGUACUUCCUCCCGCAUGGAGACUUCAAUGACGCGUACGUGCGAUCCCCCUCGGGCGACAUCCGAGACAUCUGGACGACUCGCGUUAUUGGCACGGCCGGACUCGGCGACGCAGAAGCGCGAGAGAUGCUCUUGCAGCCUCUCGCCAGGAUCAAGGAAGCCGGCACAUACAGCAUUGCCGCACCUGGGGUGCUGGCAUCCGCCUCCCAUGGUGCAACGGUGCCCAAAGUACCUGCCGAGGAGCUCAAGGCCGGUUUCUACAACAAGCUGUACGCUCUGCAGGGCCAGCGGCGCACGUACUGGACCGGUCUCACCUUUGCGCCCGACUACACUCCCAUCUUGUGGGAUUUCAACGAGAAACUGUACCCGAAAAUCCUGGAGGGGUUGUAG